AUGGAGGAGGAAAAAACCUAUGGUGGCUGUGAAGGCCCUGAUGCCAUGUAUGUCAAAUUAAUAUCUUCUGAUGGUGAUAAAUUUAUUGUAAAAAGAGAACAUGCGUUAACAACAGGAAUAAUAAAGCCCAUGUUGGGUAGGCCAGGGCAGUUUGCUGAGAAUGAACCAGUGAGGUCAAAUUUUAUAGCCAUGCAUUUGCUCAUGCUAUCGAAAAUUUGCAUGUAUUUUACUUACAAGGUCCACUAUGCUAACAGCUCCACUGAGAUUUCUGAAUUCCAGUACAUGAAAUUGCACUGGAAUUACUGA